AUGGUGUCCAGCAUCUUUUUUCUCCUGUGUUUUAUUGGACACACACAGAAGAUUUUUAAAGGCACAGAGCGUAUCCCUCACUCUCAGCCUUGGCAGGUGGGGCUGUUUGAAGGUACACAGCUGCGCUGUGGGGGAGUCCUCAUUGACCACAGGUGGAUUCUCACAGCUGCUCACUGCAGCAGCAGAAGGUACUGGUUGAGCCUGGGGGAACACAGCCUCAGCCAGAUGGACUGGACCGAACAGAUCCGGCACGGUGGUCUCUCCGUGACCCACCCUAGCUACCAGGCAGCCCUGCAGAACCAUGACAAUGACCUCCGGCUUCUGCAACUGGGCAUCCCUGUCCUCUUGACCCACAGCAUCCAGCCCCUGCCCCUGCCCGCGACCUGUGCAGUGGCUGGCACCAAGUGCCACACCUCAGGCUGGGGCACCACCAACCACCCAGGGAACCAGUUGUCAGACCGACUCCAAUGCCUUAACCUCUCUAUCGUCUCUAAUGCCACCUGCCGGGCAGCGUUCCCCGGGAGAAUCACGGACAACAUGGUGUGUGCUGGCGGCGUCGCUGGGGAGGAUGCCUGCCAGGGUGACUCUGGGGGUCCCCUAGUAUGCGGAGGAGUCCUUCAGGGUCUGGUGUCCUGA